AUGCAUGACAAUGGUGGUGUGCUGGCUGCCAUGCAGUCCCUCGCCGGUAUUUAUAUUCAUGACUAUCUGCCUCAUGAUUCUGUACGGCGCCGCAUCAACGAAAGAUUCGCCGUAGCCGAAGCUCGGCUCAGCUACCUGCUCCAAGAUCCCCAGAAGCUCGACGAGCGCGAAGCAAACGAGUUAAUUACCUUGGCCUCGGUACUCUCGAUGCAGGACAUUGUUCUCACGGAACGCAGGCUUCAGAAGCCCUACCACCCCCGUUGGCUGACGGGAUUCAAACAUGCAGAAACUGUGCUGCAGCUUACAGAUCCUGGCAAUCGCUUUUACAAAGAAUCGAAUGUUCAGGUUGAUGCUCUACGUCUGUCGCAAUCAGUUAUUGUUGGGAGAGCAGUCAUUCUGGCUCAGCCCAUGAUGCCCCUCCCAUCCCUCACCACUUUCGACCCCGUCGCUGAAACAUCCAGAUUUGGCUUUCUGUUAUACGGCUCCGAACAGGAAAUGUUUGAAAUACAUGGUGGCUGUGGUUUCUCGAAGCGUCUACUUCACAUCUUCAGCCAGGUGGCCUAUUGUUCAACCCGCAUGCUUCAGGAUGGCGAGACACCCAUAGUCCCUGUGACAGCCGAACUGUUGUACAACCAGCUUCAAACUAUGAAUCAGUGGAGUGCUGAGUAUAGUAGUUGGGAAACCGCACAGUACCAGAAACAGCAGCCGAUUGAAUGGAUUCGUGAAAAGGAUGAGACAUAUGUUGUCCGAGAAGCCGCAGAGAUGACGGAAGUGACGGCGGAGGCUUGGAGACUGGCUGGGAUGGUCUAUCUACAGUGCCGGCUUCUCAGACUUCCUCGAAAUCACCCCGAGGUGAUUGCUAACAUCGAUGACUUGGCCAAGAGUAUUUCUAUCAUGCCAACAUCGGGAAGGGUGUUCACAGCCCAGGCUCCGUUGCUGCCAGUCUUUCUCCUCGGUCUGCUGGCCACUGUGCCUGACCACGUCGAAGUCGCCCACACUUGGUUCCAAUCGGUCAUUCGCACACCGGUUCGCAGUAGCGUGCCGCCACUCUAUAAAACUCUGCAACGUAUUCAGAGUUGGAUGGGAAUUGAAGUCCCAGUGCCUGCACCAAACGUGGAAUUGCCCCGUACAAUUGCCGAGAGACAGCCCUGGUGGGAGCGCAUGGUGUCCAAGGUUCAGGAAAAGGAGAGCGAGGUCCUUUGCCUGACAUGA